ACCUUGCAUGCUUGGAAAAAAAUAAUAUAACUAUAUACUGUCAAAAGUAUUGGGACACCCCUCCAAAUCCUUGCAAUCAGGUCUUCCAAUCACCUCCCUAGGCAUGCAGACUGCUUCUACAAACAUUUGUGAAAGAAAGGAUCGCUCUCAGCAGCUCAGUGAAUUCAAGUGUAGUACCGUGAUAGGUUGCCACCAGUGCAAUAAGUCCAUCCAUGAAAUUUCCUUGCUACUAAAUAUUCCACGCUCAACUGUUAGUGGUAUUAUAACAAAGUGGAAGCAACUGGGAACAACAGCAACUCAGCCAUGAAGUGGUAGGCCAGACAGGGUGGGGUCAGCACAUGCUGAAGUGCACAGUGCGCAGAAGUCACCAACUGUCUGCAGAGACAAUAG